GAUCUGUCAUCGCUGCCAUCUCCACUCAUCAUGAACACAGAUGUGCAUUUUGUGCUUUAGUCCUCCUACCUGUAGUUCAGCCAGGCUGAACCAGAUUUUCUUGCUCCUGUUUGAAAUAUGCCUUAUAACCUUGCAAGUUUUCAGAAGACCACUGUGUUUCACUGGGAUAAGGAAUAUUGCAUCUGCUUCAUAGCAGGAGGAUGUUGUAUGUGUUACAGCUUAACUUUGUUCUACUUUACACCUAGAUAAAGGAUGAAGACUGUCUGUACCAUUUUGAUUACCUCUUCUAGGGUUCAAAGAGAAUCAUUUCCCCUGACCUCCAUUUGCUAAUGGCUCAGCUUGAUCUAACUGGCACACAGAUAAACGUGCUGUUAAACAAAAGUUACAGUAGCAGGAACCACCUCAAUGCCCCAAGCUGCUCUGCCCGCGUUGGUAGCUCUCUGUGACCAGCCAAAAGCUGAGCAACGCGAUCCUGAAUGCUGCUCCUGAGGAGUUUGGGUGUGAAUGGACAGUGCUGCCAGCCCUGAGAGAUGAGACAAAGGACCCCGCACCCCAACAGCUCUGCGAGCUCCCAAGAUGAGAGUCCUGCACACCGAGUUCCAUGCUUUGUCUCCAGAGUGAUCUUCGUUCCUGUUAAGCUCACCUCACUGCUGGUCACGAGUUUUGCUUUUGGGAUUUAGACCACCUCACUUUUACCCCCCCGUUUUACACAAAGACUGUUAUUAGGACUGUUAGUGGAAUGAGCAAAGCCAAUACUCACAGGGUUUAACUUUGUACCAAUAGCACCUUUUGCCCCAGAAUGCCUUACCAAUGCCACCUAGCACUCGUGUCCCAGUGUACGACGUGGCCCGACGUUUCCGCUGGCUUAGGCACCACCUCAGCCUCCCGAGCUGACUUCUAGGGACGUUUCCACACGUAGCAUCUCAUCCAAGGAGUCAGACACCACCUGUCUGCCGGGUCCGGGAGCUCUCCGUGAAUGUGCUCGGAGCUAAAGACACCACGUGUGCUCCCCGCGGGCCGAUGCCGUCCACCUGAGCUGCGGAGGCGCCCGAGGGAUGGCACAGGGAGGGGAGGCUGGCGCUCCUCCCGUGCGGCUCUGGGUGCGGCGAGUGGGGGUUUACUGCGAUGAGCACCGCAAAACCUGGCUCGUGGCUGCAGAAGAGGAGGAAGGUAUGCUGAGGGCUCGGAUCCAAAGAGUUCAGGUUCCCCUGGGUGAGGCGCUGCGACCCAGCCAGCUCCCCCCAUCCCGGCUGCCUCACAUGUGGCAGCUGUCCCAGGGUGAGCAGUACAGGGAUAGUAACUCUCGCGUUUGGGAGAUAGAGCACCAUCUCAUGCUUGGUGGUGUUGAAGAACUGCUGCUUAAACUCGUGCCUGGGGAUUAA